AUGGGUGCAACAUCGUCUUGGCAGAGGAAUACUGAUUGUUGUGAAUGGCAAGGAAUAAAAUGUCAUCCAACAAAUUUUCGUGUGAUUGCACUCGACAUUAGCAAUGGUCGCAUCAUUGGUAGUGGUAUCGAAUCUAAUAACACCCUCUUUGAUCUCGAUCACCUUAAGAGCCUUAACCUUGCCUAUAAUUCCUUCUUAUCCUCACUUAUUUCACCUAAAUUUGCACAAUUUUCAUCUUUGAAACACCUUAAUCUUUCGGGUUCAUUUUUUAGUGGUGAAGUCCCACUUGAAAUAGGCCAACUCUCUAAAUUAAGAACCCUUGAUCUCUCAUGGAAUUCUCUUCAAAUGCCAAGCUUUAAGACGAUCAUAAGCAAUUUAACAGAGUUGAGAAGACUUGAUCUUGGUGACACUACCUUUGAUUCGAUGGUAUUUCCAUCGAUCACUAACUUAUCUUCGUUAACAUACUUAAACUUACGUAGUUGCCAGUUAGAAGAGGAGCUUCCUAUUGAUAUUCUCAACCUACCGAACUUAGAGUACCUUGAUGUUGGAGUAAACAAUGAUGUUUACUCCAAUUUCGCGCUAUAUAACUGGACUAGUCCCUUGCAAUACUUAGACCUUUCCUUUGUCAAUUUCUCUUCGAAACUUCCAUCAUCACCUGGCCAUGCUCAAUACAAUCUUCUAAGAGUGUUGCGACUACCAGGCUGUGGUUUCCAUGGACCCGUCCCAGCUUGGGUGUGGAACAUUCUUAGGCUGGAAGUCGUCGUGUUAGUCAACAACCACCUCACACGUGUUCUAGGUGAGUACCUUCUUAGUAUUACUAGUCCAACUUUGGAGUAUCUUGAUCUUCGUUCAAACAAAUUCACUGGUAAUGUUAACUUGUAUGACAUCUUUUCUAAUCUCCCACGCCUUAUGGGACUUCUUUUAUCAGAUAACGCGCUAUCAGUGAGCACCAUAGGAACUGAUACUCGUGUUGAUUUGACCGCCUUCCCCUGGCCUGAAAUAUCUGUUUUAGCACUUUCUUCCUGCAACCUAACUGAAUUUCCUGAACUCUUGCAGAAUCAAACAUACUUGCAAGAUUUAGACUUGUCCAAAAACAAUAUUCGAGGUGAAAUUCCUCAGUGGAUUUGGAUUUUCCAAGUAGGGAAUAACAUCUUAGAAUGUAUAGACCUUUCUCACAACUUUUUGACAGGAAGUCUAGUAAACCUUCCUUGGAACAAUUUGUUGUUCAUUGAUGUCAGUUCUAAUCUGCUACACGGUCCACUUCCAUUACCAUCCGUUACCACUUUCUGGUUCGCCACUUCAAAUAACAACUUCACAGGCCCAAUUAACCCUUCAAUAUGCACAUUAACUUCCCUUACACUUCUUGAUUUGUCUAAUAACAGCUUAGGUGGUGAAUUCCCACAUUGUUUAGGAAACGUCGGUGAUGACUUUGUCGUGUUGAAUCUAGGCUCGAAUAACAUUCAUGGAUCCCUACCUUCAACUUUUUCCAAGUGCAGUAGCUUGCAGUUUCUAGACUUGAGCAGCAACUUGCUGCAGGGGUAG